AUGGCGUCCAGUCAGGGUGGUCAAGGCCAGCACCCCCCAGUGCUGAAGUGCGCCGCAGAGGCCGUUGCCAGGUCCUUGGUGCGCGCGGUGAAGGGUGAACACGGCACGUUAGAGGUGAGCAGACAACUGCAACAGCUGAAGGAAGUUCUACUGGCCGAACAUCCGGAUGCCAGUGCCGGAGCGAAAAACCGUUGUAAUUCUCUGCGUUCGGGCUUCGCUCACGCGCUCAAGACAGCCCUGAGCCAAACGCCCGAGGGGCAGCAGCUGCUGGAAGGACCAAAGACUCCCCCCAAGGCGCGUGUGGAAGUCCGUCACACAGCUGCCAGAGUCAUGUUGAGCGAGGUCUUUACUGUGGGCCGCGCGGCGGAGUGCGAUGUGCAAACCACCGGGGAUGCGACCACCUCGAGGUUGCAGUUCUUGGUGAUCUCUUUGCCUCAAGGUCUUUGCAUCGCCGACGCCUGGUCGGGCGGUGGCACCCGUGUGGUGCGACGCGAGACGGGCGAGUUGCCAGCUUCGGUGCCGCAGCAUUGGACCACCUUCGUGCUGCCACACGGGGAACGCGUGACUCUGAUGACCGGCGCUAAGACCACGGUGACGCUGGGCCCGGCCGUGAAGGAUUUGAAAAAGGUGAACGGGGCGACAAAUUCGGUUAACGGGGUGGCUGUGGAGGUGCCGCGAGUGCCCACCAUGCGCUUGGUGGAAGAGGCGGGGCCCCGCAGCAGAUGGGCAGAUGGGGAUAUCACCACCAAUAGUAGGCCGUCCCUGCUCCCGCUGCACCAAGCGCUGGACCCAACGGGCAAACGGCACUGUGGCGACGACGGUAGCUGUGGCACCUUGGCUGCACCUUCCAGCCCUGGUUCCUGCGCCUAUCUCUGCAGCCGAGCCAUCGCUUCCUUGCGCAGCAACAUGCGUGCCUCGGGUCGUUUGAACGGCGCCCAGCAGCAGCAGGCGCUCAAAGAGCGCCUCAAAGGACGGCUGUUGGCCGCCCAGAGGCAGAAGUUGAUCGCCAAGCAGCAGCUGAUGGUUUUUCAGGAGCGCUUAGAAGAUCCUGGUGGAAGCGACGGAGCUUCAGUUGAGGACUUGCGAGAUUUCCUGGACGGUUUGGGGGUAGCCCCCGCUCCAGAUGAUCCCUGCACCAGCAACUGGACCUGCAGCAUUUGCAAGGUCUCCCAGAAGUGCAAAGGCUUUCGCUGUCCUUUUCGACAUCGUGCUUGCAGCUUGGUGGCAGUGGCUGCUACAGCCCCACUGGUGAGGUUGAUGACCGGUGCAGUGCCCUACGAACGCGGCCAACCUGAAGAAGCGCCAAAGCAUUCUUUCAAGAUAUUGCGAUCCCUGUCAGGUCGCGACUGUUUUCUGAAGCAGGUGGAUUCGAAAUGUCCCAUUCAGGGCGUGCCAGCUCCCUUGGUGCAACCAUUUGUAGACGCCAUUUCUGAUCAGGCUGUUCGCCAAGCACUUGGAGAUAGCAUGUCUGUCAACGAUGGAGAAUCCUGUGGCUACAUUCUGGGAGCCGCAGACAUGCAGGAAUGUUGCUAUCUUUAUCACUGCGCCCUGAAUGUCUUGGCAGUGGAAGCCAUUUCUCAGAACAAGCUCCUUUGGAAGAUUCGCCCCAAACUGCACAAGAUGGACCACGUAUGCUAUGACCAGUCCUGGAGGUUGAACCCAUUGUGGGUGGCAUGUUAUGGUGAUGAGGACAUGGUAGGGGCAUGCAAGGACUUUGGUUUAGAAGCUAUUCCUUGCCAAAUGGCACGGCAGUGGUUCAUUGAAUUGUUCUGGCUCCUCAACGUGAUGCGGCUGAGCUCUAUGCGAGAUGAACUCCUCAGAGAGUUCAAUGCCGACCUGCGCUUCCCGGAGGAGCGUUGCAAGGAGAGCAGCACGCCUUGCAGGGCCGGUUGUGGUGCUUGUGCCCAGUUUUUCACAGCGGAGUGUAGUGCCUGGUCAGUAAGUGCUGCUUUUACAUUAGCGCAGGCCAAGUGUCCAUCGGAAUUCCGAGGGAAAACGCCAAGCCUGGUCCUGCAGCUGUGGUGCAGCACCGGUGGGGCAACUCAUUUCGUGGCGACGGGAAUGGUUAAUGCAGUUCAAUGGAUUUGGACCGAUGUUGAGUUGCCAUCAUGGGCGCUGAGUUUCGCGCUGAGUUUCUGGUUGACAUCGCGACCUGAGGAUCCCGAUCUGGCUCAACUGAUGCAGGUGGAUGACAGGUCGUACGUAGUUGCUGUGCCACCUUGCACUCGUUCUGACCUCUUUCGUGUCAUUGACUUGUGUUGCGGGCUGGGUGGAUUUUCCUAUGCUGCUGCCCGGGUUGGAUUUUCGGUUGCCAUGGGGGUCGAUCAAAAUGGGCUCUGGCGUAAGCUGUUUGAGUCUCUGCAUGGUGAGUCCAGUUUCUGUGCUGGUGACUUGUUGGAUCCGUGUGUUCUUCAAGAGUUGCUUCGUCGUGGACUUUUCCAUGGGGUUGUCUGCUCAGGCAUAGCUUGUCAGCCUCACUCAAUCCUGGGUGACCGAAAAGGGAUGCAGGAUCCCAGGGCGCAAUCAUUGCCCCGCACCCUGCAGGUGGCAUGGCUCAUGCAGGCAGCUGUUUUGGUUUUGGAAUGCACACCUGAGGUGCUGCGUGACUCCCAAGCUCAGGAGCUUCUUCGGCAGUACACUGUGGCCACUGGAUUUCGCAUGUCACAGGCCAUUGUGAAACUUGGGAAUGCUUGGUGUGGCAAACGUGACCGGUGGAUUGCUGUGCUGACGGCCCCUGUUGUCCCUGUCUGUGAACUGUUGGACUUGCCUUCUUGCUCAGACGUCCAGGUUGUCCGAGACUUGAUUCCGUCCUUCACCGCAUGGCACCAGUUUGAACAGGCGCAAUUGACACUCAACCUGUACGAGUUGUCCAAGUAUUACCAGUAUGCUGCAGGUGGAAUGCAAAAUGUCUGGGUGAAACUCCAUGAGAAGCUUCCCACCUUGCUUCACAGUGCUGGUAACCAGUUGUACACUUGUGCAUGUGGUUGCAGACCUGCUUUGGCUGAGAGCAGUGUACAUGCAAGAUGUGAUCCAGGCAUGCCGGCUGAAAUGGCGUCGCCCAACACCAUUGCUGCGACCAUUGAGGACCCAAUUGAGGAGGUUGGUGUUGAGGAUGGUCACUCCUUGAUCAUGCUGUCACGUCCCAUGACUGGUCAGCCAGAUGUCCAACUCAAGCUGUCUCCCAAUGUCACAGGUGCUCAACUGAUUGAGGCAGAAUGCAAGCUUGGCACAUGUUCGAUGGACUUUCGCAUUUGUGUGGAUGGGGAACUGGUGGACCCGGCCUUGCCGUUGGUGAACAUGUCGCUUGUGUCUCUUGUGCCUCCGGAUUGGGACCCUUUGCAAUUGAUGGCUGACCGGUUUGUGCCGUGUUGCCUUGGCAUUGAUGAGUUUCUGCGUCAUGUGCGAUCUUCGGAUGCGUCUGAGCCUGGUCCUGUCACUGACUUGUCUCGGUUGUUCAUGGCACGGUACCCUAACAUGGCCAGGGUUGAAAGGGAGAGCCUUUUGAGUUUGCAGGGCCCUGUGUGGGGCGAUGAUGAGUUGGUCUACUUGCUUGAAAGCACAGCUACAAGCACUGCUUCGGAUCAGAAUGUCAAUGUUUGGGAUCCGCUCUUGGUGACAGGGUUGGUUCAACAAGAUGUCCCGUCCACAUGGCAGAGACUGGUGGCCACUUUGGCGCCAAUGUGCACUGUGAUCUCUGCGGUCUUGCUUGGUGGCCAUUGGGUCCCUUUGAUCUGGCGGGUUGAUACAGUUGGAGCUGUGCUGCACACCUUGCCGGUUACGACUGAGUUUGAAUCGGUCUUGGAGAAGUUGAGUCGGGUCUUUGAGUUGUGUGUUGGGGGUGCCAAGGGGGUCUGGAAGCCACACAGCCUUGGAUUUGUUCCGGAUGGAUUCUGUGGAGCACUUGCGGUCUCAUUUGUCCGUCAUCUUUUGUGGGCUUGGCCGAUGGUUGCUGAUCAAGAGGACUUGGUGCUUACCUCUCAAACCUUGCGAACUGAGUUUGCCAAUCACAUGACUGACAUGUGCCUGCGUCCCAUGCUUGCUGGACUUGGAAUUUCUGCCUCAGGGAGACUUGCUGAACUGUUGACUCAACAUGGGGUUGCUGCUGCUGAAGCCACUGCCCGUGCCAAUGCAGCACUGAAAGCUCUUGGUGAGCCAGGGGUUGUGAAAGCACUGGCUCAGAUUGACCGGCGUGCUCAGGAGAAACCAGUGGGGCACAAGAAGCACAAGCAGGCUAAACAGGCCAAAGGGAAAGGUAAGGGCUUCGGAGUUCCACCUUUGACGGUCGACCCCACGUCGCUUCGGCUUGAGCAUGGAAUCUUCCAGAGUGAAACCGGCCAGCCUCUGGCGCAGCUUGGACUUUCCCAGGUAGGACCUACCGUGGCAGGGGUGGUGGUUGUCUCGGGGCAUGCAAUUGACCCUUACUUGAAAGCUACCAAUCCUAUCUCUUCUGGUGCUCUGGGCUUCUUUGUUGUGGACUUGGUUCAGCCACCAAACACUCAGUUUCGGGUUGAUGCAGUGCGUAUCCCCUUGGUUUGUGCGGUGAACUCAGAGCCAUUACUUGUUGAUGGCCAUCUUUUCCAGCUUGGUGCGGUCCCUGUUCAGCGUGCACCUAUGCCACCUUCGUGUGAGGUCAAAGCUGUUCCGACUUGUGUGGUGAAGGCUUGGGUCUUUCGUGAUCAAACCUCUGUUUCAUGGCCAGAAGUGGUUGCACAUCCCAUGUUACAUGUCUUUGCUCAGGUGCCACCUUUGAUGCAGUGUCGUGAUGAAGAGUGCUGUGGAUGUGAGUGUUGGCAUCGGACUUUGGACUUUCCAGUGGACUCCCCGGUUCUUGAACUCUGGGGCAAGCAGUGGCUGAAAUUAGACUUUCGAUCAGCUGCUCCAGAUGAUGCUGAGGUCUUCACGGCACACAUGAGAUUGCCUGAGCAUAUGCAAAUGCAAGUUCAGUACUUUUCUGGCCAUGAUGGUGUCUACUUGGAACCGAAGUCGCUGGAUGGACGUCAACCCUCCCAUGACUUUCAGGUGAUCUGGCUUCCUAAGGCCGACAUGUCUCAGCUUAUGUUGCAGCGUCAGACAGUUGCACAUGUGGUGGGGCUUGCACGGCUUGGCCAAAAGAUGGGCUUACGGUGCAGAACUGAACAUGCAGCAGAGGUCUUCUCUGUCCUUCGACCUGGCCAGACCUUUUUGCCACCUGGGAAACGUCAAACAUACCUGGUUGGCCCUUUUGCCUACGGGACACUCCAAGGGUCGGUGGCUCAGGUGUUGCACACCAAUGGGUGGACUGCCAAGCCGAUCCAAGCAGUUGCUGCCAAAGCGCAUAUCCAGGGGCUCAUGUACCGGGUCCAAUCAGUGCAAGAGCCUCCAUGCAAAGUCAUCAGAAUGGCACAUGGUGACGUUUUGAUUGCCAAGGAAGAUGAAGUUGAUCAGCCUGACCGAGUGUUGCCGAAGGUUCAGGCCACCUCACUGACUGAAGCCAUGGUGGCCAAGCAAGUUGAGACGGACUUCAUCCAGGUGAAUGAUCCAUGGGCCAAAGCUGCCAGCCGCUUGCCUCCCAAAGCCACCUUUCAAAUUGGGAAUCCUGUGGAAGACAUGGCUCAGAAAGUGCUGAAUGAAGUCAUGGCUCAGCUUCCGAAGUCCACCAUGGAAGUUGAUGGAGAUGAAACCACUGAGAGGAGGGUUGCGGCUUUGGAAAUGAGGUUUCAAGAUUUGCAAGGGCAAACCUCUGCCCUAGCUGCUUCCACUCAGCAGCAUGCACAAGAUACGACUUCUCAGAUGAUGGAGCUUCGGACGCAAGCUCAGCAGCAGGGUGCUCACUUUGAGCAGGCAAUGGCUUCCCAAGCCUCCACUAUGAAGGGCUUUCAGGAUUCGGUUCAAGAACAAUUUCGUCAGCAGGUCAGCCACCAACAGACCAUGCUGGACAACAUGUUCAACAAGCAGAUGGCGCAGUUUGAGUCUUUGCUGACGAAGCGCCCCAGACAGGGCUUGCUGGGCUGCGCUGGACUUUUUGGGCCCCUGGCCAUAUGGAAUCCCGGCCACUCUUUGCUGUGCUUGGCUGUGGUGGUUUUGAUUUUGUGGUGGUUUGUGGUGUCCUCUGGUAUGUGGGAUACGGGGGGUAGCCAUGGUGUGGGGCGACAAGACCGUGUACGGUUGGUACCAAGGGGUGGACUGUUGAAGUGCGUUGUGUUGCUGCUUGGCCUUACUGUGCGUGUUGGUGAGGCGUUGCACCCGGGCCCUGCUGAGUCAGACAGGGGACUAUGGACUUUGGGUGUUGCCAAUCCCUCUGGGUUGAAUGGCAAGUUGGAUCAAGCUGCCCACUUGGAAGGAGAUGCGUGGCUGCUGACUGAAACCCAGCUUUCCAGACAAGGGGUCGCUGCCUUUCAGAAAGGCCUCAAGAUGUUGAAGAGCCCAUGGAAGUAUGCCAUCCCGGGGUCUCCCUGUGCACCUCGGCGACACACUGAAACGGGUAGUCAUACGGGGGUGAUGGUCCUAUCAAAGCUGCCGGCCCGUGCUCUGCCUCAUGAGUUCUCCGUGGACUCGUAUGCCACUUCGAGAGUGCAGGUUGUGGGGAUGGCAGUGGCUGAUGUUUGGGUUACCUUGGGGGUCUUGUAUGGGGUUCCAUGCAACUCACAGCACAAACAAGCGCGCUACCAAACAGAUGCCUUGUUAGCAGACCUUGUGGACCGUGUUGCCUGUCAGUCGGUUGGACCUAGGGCCAUAGGGGGAGACUUCAAUUUUGGUCCCGAAGAGCUGGACCAACUUCACCGCUUGAGGGCUCUGGGGUUUCGUGAAGUGCAGGACCUCCGAGCUUGGAGGCAUGGAAUUUCCACUGAGGCUACGGGGAGGGGAUCUAGGCGCCUGGAUCAACUUUGGAUAUCCCCUGAACUUCAGAGGGUUUAUGUUGGCACCACGGUAUCCUUUGAUCAUUGGGCUGAUCAUGCUGCAGUGAGUGCAACGUUUUCACAUGAUCACAUGGUCACAACGGUUCAUGCCUGGCCUUGUCCUCAGCAGUUUCCAUGGCCAUUGCACUGGACUUGCCAAAUGGAUGUGGACUUUGAAGGUGACCUGACCCAUGCCUAUGCGGCGUUUUGGUCCCAAGUUGAGGGACAGGCCAAAUGUUGGGCUUUGCAACAAGGGGUUCAUGUCAUGAAGAAGCAAUGUGGUCGAGCUGGUACUCUUGCCUCACUGGUCAAGCAGCGCUACCAGCAUGCCAAGCACAGACGGGCGGCUAACCUUGCUCAUGUGUUCCAGGACUGUCGUGAUGAGCCCUUACCUCAGGCUGACACUCUGCUUGAUCGUGUCUCGGUUGGGGUUGAGGAACUUCGAUCUGAAGACAACUCGGUGGUCUUGGAGCGUUCUGUUUCCCUGUUGCGUGAUCUUCCGGUGGUACUUGAUGGUCAAGCUGUGUCUGUGGUUGCUCAUUCGGAAGAUCAGGUUUGGCUGGAGAACCUUCCUGACAUCCAACCUGGAUGUGUCCUUACGCAAGAGAGGGCAGUUUCUGAUGACACUGCCAUACUCGAACGUCUUGCUGAAGUUUGGAAAGGUCGAUGGACUAAACACACCCAUGUUGUGCCAGGCCAAUGGGAUCAAAUUUGUGGUUUCUUGGAGCGCACUGCAAAGCCGCUUGAGUGGUGCCAUGAACCGUGGACUCUGGAUCGAUUUGAUCGUGCCAUUCGGCACAAAAAGCCGCGGGCUGCAAAAGGCUCCGAUGGUGUGGCACAACCGGACCUUGUUGCUUUGCCUGCUGCGGCACGUCAAACCAUGUUGCGCUUCUAUGAAGCAGUGGAGGCAGGGGCUCCCUGGCCACAUCAACUUGCGGCUGGUUUUGUUUCAUGUUUGGCCAAACAUGCUGGUGCUCAACAGGUGGAUGAGUUCAGGCCAGUGGUGGUUUACAGUUUGCCCUACAGGGUGUGGUCCUCGGUUCGUGCUCGUGAGUCCUUGCGUUCUGUGUUGCAUGUGCUGCCCAACAGCAUUCAGGGUGGUGUUCCGGCCCGUCAGGCCAAGUCCAUCUGGUUUGAGCUUGCGUUUGCCUUGGAAAGGUCCUACCUUGAUGGAGUUGCGUUGCAUGGGUUGCUCAUGGACAUUCAGAAAUGUUUCAACAACAUCCCCAGGCUUCCCCUUUGGUGUGCAUUGGUUCAUCUUGGAUUUCCGACGGGCACACUGCAGGCGUGGGCUUCCUUUGUUGCUGCGCAGACCCGUCGAUUUCGGGUUCGAAACUCUGUUGGUGAGGCCUUGACAUCUAACUGUGGCCUCCCAGAGGGCUGUGCUUUGUCCGUCUUUGGCAUGGCCAUGGUUGACUGGAUGCUGGACUGGUGGCUCCAAGGGCUUGAAGUCUCGGUUGACCUGCGCACCUUUGUGGAUGACUGGGGAGUUUUGUUCCGUGACGCGAGCGCUCUUGACCGUGUUUGGACUUCCCUGGAACAAUUCACUUCUCAUAUGGACUUGGCAAUUGACAUGGGCAAGACUAGGUUGUGGUCAACAGAGGCGGAGGCGAGGCGGGAAUUCCGCACAGGUGACAUCCAGGUCACACUUGCAGCUCGCAAUUUGGGUGCCCACCAAAACUUCAGUCGGCAUUGCCACAAUGCUGUGUUGCAGAAGCGGCUUGGUCGUAUGCCCCAGGUUUGGACUAAGCUCAGGGCCAGCCAGGCCACUUACAAGCAAAAAGUGACUGCCCUCCACAUGAUGGCAUGGCCACGGGCACUGCAUGGUAUAGCGGUUGUUCACUUGGGUGCCUCACAUCUCAAAAGCUUGCGUUCUGGUGCUGUUCGUGCCAUGCGUGCUGACAGGAAAGGGACUAACCCUUAUCUGCACUUGGUCACGUCCUCUCUCCUUAGUGAUCCUGAAGCUUGGUCUGUAGUCCAGACGUUCCGUGAUGUUCGUGAGUUGGGCUGUGAUCAACCGGUUCAAAACACACUGGGUCUCUUUGCCAGUGCGCAGGAAAAGCUUCCUUCCAACGGCCCUUCAGCCAUCCUUCUUUCCAGGUUUGGUUGGGGCCAUGUGUUGGCGCAGGAGCUUAUGCACAGGCCUACCUUUGCUGGACUUGAAAAUGUGGACUUAUCUGAACUUCACCUUGCUUUGAAGGCGUUUGGGCCCGUUGAUCAGGUCUACCUGCGUUGCCACUUGGAUGGCACCAUGUUCACACAAAAUGCACGUGCCAAGUUUCAGCCUGAUGUCUCCUCCACAUGUCCUUGGUGCCCUGCGAAAGAUGGAUUCCACCACCGGGCUUGGAUUUGCCCUCACUUCGCUGCCUGUCGGUCACACCUCACUUCUGACCAGCUUGGGUGUCUGGCGUUGCUUCCGGCGUGUUUAGUUGAUCAUGGGUGGCCUGUGAUUGUUCCGGAGUGGGAGGUCUUCUCAAGGUGGUUGCUGCAAGGGGAUGGAUUUUGUAGGAUGUCACCAAUUGAGCCCUCAGUUCGCCAUUGCUCCCAGGUGCUGGAACUUUUUGUAGAUGGGACUUGUGCCUUCCCUACAGAUGUGAAACUACGGUUUGCAGCUUGGGCGAUUACAGUGGUCCAAGGAGGAGUUGGCUCAAUGGACAAUCAGGUGUUAGCAUGUGGCUACGUGCGUGGAUUGAACCAGUCUCCCUUCAGGGCAGAACUUACAGCGGUGCUUCAAGCAGUUCAGUGGGCUGUACAACAUCAACAGGCGGUCCGCAUUUGGUCCGACUGCCAGGGGGUUGUGAAGCGAGUUCACAAACUGCUCCAGGGUGGGGCUAUCAAGCGCAAUGGAGCCAACUCAGAUUUGUGGGGCCAUCUCCAGGCUUUGGUUGCUCAGCAUGGGGACUUGAUACAGAUCCGCCAGGUGGUCUCUCACGGCAGUUUGAGGCAGGCGACUUGCUUCUUGGAAGAGUGGGUGUACUGGCAUAAUGGGUUGACUGACUCAGCAGCAGAGGGUGUCAAUUUUCGACGACCCGAUGAGUUUUGGAGAGACUGGGUGGGGCUCCAUGGUGCACUAAAGUUUCACCGGCAGUUGCACCGAGCCAUAUUACUUGUGCUUUUACAGACUUCGCGUUUGGCGGCGGCAAGUGAAGUGAAGCCACAGGUGCCGCAGGCAACUCUGGAGAGAGAAGUGCCUGCUCCGAUCCUACCGGUGGCAUGGCAGAUCCCCGAGAAGCUCAUCAAGAGGUGCAAGUGCUGCGUGCCAGAUGGCAGUCGUGGAUUUCAGGAGGACGCGAGGCAGCUGCCUCGUGUCAAUGCGGCGGAACGACCUUGGGAAAAACUCGGCGCCUACAAAGCCUUUCAAAAGCGGCUCAACCGCACGGCGAAUACCCAACAGCGGGCCCUUCAAGAGGCCUUGGAGAUCGGGAGCCAAGCAGAAGAUGCGGAGAUGCAGAGCCAGCCGGCAGAGUCACCGCGCGCCGGGUGCCCCACGCGGGCCGCGGGAAACGCGACGUUGAUGCUGCCGGUGGUGGCAGCCCAGCAAUGCGUCGAGCUGCUGAUCAUUGGAGACUAUGGCACCAGGGAUGGAAACCAGGCCGCCGUGGCCAACAGCCUGGCGAGGUUGGCUGGAGAAAAAGCGCCACAGGCGGUGGCGGCCAUUGGUGACAAUGUGUACCCGGACGGUGCAGCCUACGACCCGGGGACCAUUACACGCUGGUGGGGUCAGGUCUAUCUGGGCUUCGAAAGCCUGCGUCGCCCCUGGCAUGUGAUCACAGGAAACCACGACUGGUGGACCGAUGCUUUAGUGGAGCGCGCUUACACGGAUUCUGAGGCCAACAAGAACUCAGGUGGCUAUUGGCAGCUGCCCCACUUUUGGUACAAGAAGACCUACUCAGUGCCUGGCCUCUCUGUGGAUGCCUUCUACAUUGACACCAUGGUAUGGAAGGGGGGCACUCUGACCGAGAAACACCUGGGUCCCCAAGCACGCGAGGAGCAAAAGCAGUGGCUCUUCCGUGAGUUGGCGAAUUCCCAAGCGGACUGGCGGGUGGUCUUGGGACAUCAUACGAUCUACUCCGCAGGUAUGCACGGUGUGACCGAAGUCUUGCUGCGCGAGUUGGAUCCCAAGUUGCGGGAACUUGGCGUCCCGGUCUACUUCGCCGGUCAUGACCACAGUAAGCAGGUCAUCUACUGGGAAGGCAUGUCCUACGUCAUCAGCGGUGCUGGUGGGGCCUCGGCCCGUGGUUCAUCCAAUCAGUACCCGCAAGGCAGCAUGCAGCACUUCUUCCCGGACCAUGGCUUCGUGGGCUUGUCGGUGUGCAACAAACAAGAGGCGGUGGUGACCCUAUACGACAAAGGCGGAGGAGUUCAAGCCACAUGGCCCAUUCAAAACAAGCCCAAGAGGCAGAGGUCCAUGAGGGCCCCGUGGAAACAGCCUACCUUGCAGUCGAAGAGUGCCAUUUUCCGCGCAGCAGCGUGCCACGACGUGGAACUCAAGUCCGUGGAGAAGUGGUGCUCCAUGGACGGUUGCAAGGUCCUGGCAGAUAGCAGUCAGAGCUGCUCCGUCUUCUGCAAGGAUCAGCAGCUGCAUUGUCAGAGGCCGGUUUUCAAUUUCCCGUUGAAUGGGAAUAUAACUAUAUAUAGUGGGAAUAUAUGGGAAUAUAACAUAAUAUAA